AUGGAAGCAUUCAUGGAUGCAUCCACAUCAUACCCAACUCCCAAGUUCCCAACCUAUAACGUGUUUCUCUUUGCGAAUGGAUCCUCAUGUCCCUCCACAAUAGCAGGAUUCCACUUCAUGAUCCUUCCACUCCUCAUUUCAUUUUCUUCUAUGGAUCGUCGAAGGGUGUACGAAAGGCAGAACAGCUCCGGGACUCCGAAGACGCCGUCGUCGCCGACGAACAAUGCAUUGCCGGUGCUCCGCCACUCACGUGCAGGUUCCGCCGGCCCCGCUAUGAUUGGCGCUCGGAGAGCGCAGAACAAUGCCACUAAAGCCGCCGCACAGAGACUCGCACAGGUCAUGUCGCACACUGACGACGAUGAAGAAGAGGACGACGACGUUCCUCUCGACUAUUCAUCGAUCACCGGUUCCGGAGGCAUUGGCCUCGGCGGUGGAAGACCGAUGCCAAAUCGCUCUCCUAUUGCAGUUCGGAGCGUUCAGGAUCCAGCUGCGUCUGCAAGGUCGCGGUCACCUAUGCCAGUUCGCUCUGUUCUUGAUCAACCUGCAUCUGCGAGAUCACGUUCCCCCGCGUCAGUUCGCCCGACGCAAGAACUUACGCCAUCUGCUAGAUCUCGUUCCCCAGCGCCAGUUCGCGCUGUUCAAGAUCAGCCGCAGUCUGUGAGAGGCGUAUCGAGUGUUCGAUCAUCUGCCCCUGUAAAUGCUCCUCCUGCUGAGCAACCUCCAGCUCGAACACCCUCGGUGGUAGCGAAUAACACAGAACAACAACCACCUUCUGCUCGUUCAACGCCAGGAAACCGAGCCAUGGACUUUUCUCCGUCCACUCGCACUAUGAUAACGACGCGGUCAACUCAACCCAGUAACGCGAGCAGUGAUCAACCUCCCUCUGCUCGCUCAACCUCGGGCCGUCCCAGUGGACUUUCUAAGGUGGUUCCCAUGGUUCCCAUGGUUCCCGCUAGUGUACCUAUCACCCUCAGACCAGCCUCCUCUGCUGGUGUUCCGCCCUCUGAGCCUCUUCUGGAUGUUAGAAAAGACAGAAGAUUGUCUCUUGAUCUGGGAAGUAUGAAAGUAAGAGAAAACGCCAAUCAGCAGCAACAGCGUCCUGCUAGUGAGCUUGAAGACGAGCUUGAUAUGUUACAAGAAGAAAACGACAAUUUGGUUGAAAAGGUUCGACUGGCAGAAGAAAGGUUUGAGGAAGCUGAAUCAAAAGUCAGGCAACUAGAACAACAGGUUGCUACUCUUGGAGAAGGUGUAACUUUGGAAGCUCGCCUUUCAACCAGGGAUGACGUGCAUGCGGAAAUUGAUGCUGCUCUGAGAAAUGCAUCAAAGAAUCAUGGAGGUUUUCAAGCAGUGUUACAGACGGAUGCCGAGAUUGAGGCGAUGUCUGCUUUGGUGAAGCUACGGCUUAUGACACAACGAAUGAUACUUUCGCCGGAAGAAAUGGAAGAGGUUGUUUUGAAGAGGUGUUGGCUAUCUCGCUAUUGGGGUUUAUGCGUUCAACACGGUAUUCAUGCUGAUAUUGCUGAAGCAAAGUACAAGUACUGGUCUACGCUCGCCCCGAAUCCGGUUGAAGUUGUAUUAGCCGCAGGAGAGAAAGCCAAAGAGGAAGCAGACCUCGAUGUAGAGGAUACAGAAAAUCAACGUGACCUGAAGGAACUUUCUGGAGAGGGAAAUAUUGAGAACAUGCUUUUUGUCGAGCAAGGUUUGCGGCAAUUGGCUUCAUUAAAGGUAGAGGAAGCAUUGGCGGUUGCAUUGGCUCAACAUAGGCGACCAAAUUUAUUGAAAUUUGGCUUUUCAGAUGACCUAAAACUACCAAUUGAAGGACAGUGUGAUACAUUUGACUUGAGCCAGGAGGAGGCUGAAGAUGUAUCUUUUAAACAGGCUUGGCUUGCUUACAUUUGGAGGAGGGCAAAAAAGCAUGAAAUAGAGCCUGACAUAGCAUAUGAGCGUUUGCAGUUUUGGAUCAAGUAUAACUCAAAGAAUCCUACCUCGCAAGAUGCCGUGGAUGUUGAACGUGGACUUAUGGAAAUCAAAAGGUUGGAUAUUGAAACGCAACUAUGGGAUGAAACACGCAAAGAACUGGAGCAUCAAACCGACAAUUCCAACUUGCCCGGUCGUUCAGGCUUUUAA